AGAGUAAGCAUCACAGAACGCGACUGUUUUUUCCCCCUUUUUUUUUUUAAAGUUUUCUUUUUAUGGCAUUUCUGUUACAGUGUUAGACCCCAAAGUAGAUUAGUAGGACUAGAUUCUGGUGGAAGGUCAACACAGCUGCUGGUCUGAUAGGAAGGUGAAGAACAGGCACAAAAAUGUCUGUCCUGCAGCAGAUAAGUCCAAAUGUGAGGAACACGAAGCCAUCAGAGUGUACAGUUCUGCUCAGACGAUCAAGCCAAAUCAAGGAAGAACUGAGACGGGGAGUCAGAAGGGCCUAUGAAAAAGUGAUAGAUGUCUACUGGGGUGACUCGCACCAGACAGGUGUGAAACCACUGUCAUUUGUCAGACAGGUUCUUGCAGCAUGUGUUUACCCUGAGCUUAUCAACAGUGACAAACUGCCUGUGGAUGUCAAACAGAGGGCUCAGAGUUUGCUUAGGGAAUGUGCUAGAGGAAGUGUCGGCUCUUGCACCGCUGCAGCAGGUGUACCAGAAAUAGUCCACAGAAUCUCUGAAUUCAUAAUGAAGCGAGAUGGUGGGGCUCCGUCUUAUCCUGAAAACAUAUACAUCAGCCCAGGCUCACAGUGGUCACUCAUGAAUAUUUUGAAAGUCUUGGUGAACAGCGAAGCUUCACCCAGAACAGGUGUGCUGACUCCAGUGCCAUGCUAUCCUGUUACCAAUUUGUCCAUUACGGCACUGGGAGCAGUUGUCGUUCCUUACUACCUCAGUGAGGGCCAGGGCCAGGGCUGGCAGCUGCAGGUACAUGAGCUACAUCAAGCACUGGAAUCUGCAAAGGAAACCUGUAACCCUACUGCUCUGUAUGUCAUCAACCCUGGAAACCCAUCUGGUCACAUUCAAAGAAGAAAAUCAAUACAAGAGGUGAUCCAGUUUGCUUCAGAGAAGAGGCUCUUCCUGCUGGCUGAUGAGGUUUAUCAGGACUGUAUUCAUGGGGAGAAGAGUGAGUUUGUCUCCUACAAGAGGGUUCUGGCAGAGAUGGGUCCUCCUUUUUCAGACACAGUGGAGCUGGCAUCCUUUCACUCAGUAUCCAAAGGCAUCAUGGGAGAGUGUGGUUUGCGCAGUGGAUAUGUGGAGCUGGUAAAUGUGGACCCCGCUGUUAUGAAACACAUUCACAUACUGUUCUCCAAAGACGGCUGUGCUCCUGUUCUGGGUCAGAUUGCCCUGGAUCUGAUGAUGAACCCUCCACAGCCAGGAGAUCCCUCACACCCCCUUUAUCAUAUGGAGACACAACAUAUCAGGACUACAUGGGUUCAUAAUGUGAAGAGAGUGUGUGAGGUUAUAAACAGUCUGCCAGGCUUCUGCUGCCAACCAACUGAAGGAGGAUCGUUUUUGUUACCCAGACUCUAUCUUCCACCUAAAGCCAUUCAGAAAGCGCAGGAGGUGGGAAUGCAGCCAGACAUGUUCUACUGUGUCAAACUGCUAGAGGAGGCUGGUGUGUUAGUCAGUCCUGGUUGUGAGUAUGGACAAAAGCCAGGCACCCACUACAUCAGAUUUUGCAUUACGACACCUGAGGACAUCAGGGAGGAAUUCCUGAAGCGCCUGACCAGCUUUCACGUACAGUUUAUGAAGGAUUUUUCUUAAAGGCAAUCGAGUUGUCUGCUGUAUGGUGAUUCAGCGCAGUGAAUAAAAGUAUCCAAUCAUUUUCCUCAUGUUGACAUGUAAAUAUUACAAUAAGUGAUAUUAACUGAUCAGAUUCAGACAAAAGCCCUAAGAAUCUGCUGGGGAGCUUUUAGAACACCACCUAUCCUGUAGCUUUACUUGUGGAAAUGGGGAAGUCCCCACUAAGAAUCAGGAGAAUAAAAGCUGUAUAAAAUGACCUUUCAGACAGUUAUUUAUUCGAUUAUGUACAUCAAAUUCAGGCAGACUAGGUGCAGAAUUUCAUUAAUAGACAUAAAGAUCCUGUCUCAGGAAAAACUGCAUUUCAGAUGCAUGUGGCUAAUGUGGAUGGGAAUUCAUCAAACAAAUAAUUUAUCUUUCUCUGCUUAACCUGUGGCAUUUUUAUGGGCUUUGUGGUGGAUUAAACUUGUACCUACCCCCCCCAUAGAGCCUGUCAGAAAACUGUUAUUAUUAUUAUUAGUAGUAGUAGUAGCAGUAGUAGAAGUAGUUUAACAUCCUCUGGUAGAGCACUGAACCUAUGACAGAGACAGACUGGAAACAGCAUGAGGUUACUCAUGUCCCUUCAGAAGUGUUGGUCCUGGUAAAUUUUCAACACUUUAUUUUAAAUAGUUCUGUUUAGUGCAGCACAAUAAGUCCUGAAUUAAGAACUUAAUAUUUCUGACAAAACAAA